AUGUCUCCAACACGAUCUCACGGCCCCCAAGAUCUGAGCCAGGCGACAAGCGGCGAGCACGAGGGCCCUACAAUGUCUAUCUCAGGUUCCGAGAGUCUGCGCAUGGAGUCGACAGUCUCGUCGUCUGGGAGCCGAGGCCCUUCCGGAGGAACUGCAGCGACUGCUAAAGGAAGCAAGAAGCCUAACCCAUAUUUCUGGCAGGACCUGUUGCUCAAGCAUCUUCCGGACGACGAGACAAAAGGCCUGUGGCCCAAAUACCUGCGCGCGAUUGAAAAGGGACUCCCAAAACAACCCGCCCUCACAUCGGUCUGGACGGAUGUGAACGGGCCGCCUACCAAAAAUGCUCUGGAGGCCUACCUGAGAAAGUACGACCACCACAAGACGAGUGUCAGCGCUGCCCUGGCAGUCGCAAAAGGGGCCCGCGAUACCAGAAGCAGCCAAAGGGGGAAUAGGCAUCGCGAUGAGGGGUUCACCCGGAUGCUCACAAUUGCGAUGCCGGAACGCAAAGGGGGACACCGGACAGCCUUCCUCAAGCUCUUGCGUCAAGGCUAUACUCCGGUAGCAGCAGCGAACGCUCUGACUGCAGAUGCUGGUCUGACGAUCUCGGAGGCUUCCGUCAAUCGUGUCAUUGCCCGCCGCGUCGGGUUCCGAGAUGCAAUCGAGGGGUCGCAGCUUUCUCCGCAGCCGGCACAGACCUCAAGCCACCCAGACGCAGGACCUGUCUCUGAGCUCAUCGAGGCUAUGGCCAGCCACGGUGAUGUCUCUGUGGAAGACCGAUCUACCCCCAACACAAGCGCGCACGACCGGACGCGCUGCGAGUGCCUGACCUGCUUGUUUGCGACAAGUCCGAUCGUCGAGCCUUUGACCUAUGAAACUGAGGAGCAUCCGGAUUGGGAACCGGGGGCGCAUUUGAACUGGGACCUCGGGGAUGGGCCUACGCAGAUUGAGGAUGAUCGCUCUUUCUGCAGGAUUUGUGACAAUGGGACGUGUCCAGACUGCGUGGCGUUCGAUCUCAUGAAUUUUGAUUGA